UAGGAAGCGUGUGGGUGUUGUUUACCUUCUUUAAUUUUCCAUAUAUUUCUGUAUUUUUAGUGCAGAUAUCAAGAAUACUCUACUACUUAUAUUUGUCAUUUGGUGAUUACUGGAAUAUCAGUAUUUAUCAACGAUACUUUUAAAUCUGAUGCUUUCGAUUUUGAGACACAAGGCCAAGUUACUUCCUUUUGUAAUGUCCAAUUUGAAACCAGUUGUGAUAAGUGGACCAUCUGGCGCAGGAAAAAGCACCCUGCUGAGAAAACUCUUUCAGGAAUAUCCAAAUACUUUUGCAUUCAGUGUAUCGCAUACAACACGAAAGAAGCGGGAUGGUGAAACUGAUGGAAUACAAUACCAUUUCACAACUGUUGAAAGAAUGAAAGAAGAAAUUGAGAAAGGAUUGUUUGUUGAAUAUACAAAUUUUUCAGGCAAUUAUUAUGGCACAAGUAAAUCUGCGAUCAAAGAAGUACUUGACACAAACAAAAUAUGUAUAUUGGACAUUGAUGAACAAGGGGUGCGAAAUAUUAAAGAAAGUGAUAUUAAUGCAGUCUUUAUAUUCAUCAAGCCACCCUCUAUGGAUGAACUUCGAAGAAGAUUGACAUCAAGAGGUACUGAAACGCAAGAAAGUCUAGAAAGAAGAAUGAGCACUGCCGAAUCAUCAAUUUCAUUCAGCGAAAAACCUGGUGUUUAUGACUUUGUCUUGGAAAAUGGUGAUCUGAAUCAAUCAUAUAUCAAUCUCCUAAGUUUUAUGAAGCAGACAUGUCCGAACUUAUUGGAAAAGAGCAAGAGAUACAAUUCAAACGAUGAGUUGCCGCUCGCUGCAAGUGUCGGAAUGUUAGAACAAGCAUCAAAAUUGGAAGCGGGAGAUGCUGGAAGAAACGUUUGUAAUGGAUUUUCAGAAAUUAAAUUGGAAAGUAGUGUGGCAGAAAUACCUUUAAGCCCUACAAGAACUACUUCUGACCAAGAGAAUCCUGCAGUCGUUAAUGUUGGGGAAACUCCAUUGCUACUUGUUAAUGAAAUCUCCGAUGUGAAUUUAAGCGAGAGCGAUUCACCUGCAGUUGUCACACUCGAAGAGUCCGAAACAACUCUCCCUUCUGAUGGAGUCUGUGGUCGACAGUCUUGGUGUUCUAUUUCUUGACGACGAAGUUUAUAUAGAAAUAUUUGGUUUAUUUUUUAUUCAUGAAGCCUCUGCAGCAAGUUUCAUAUUAUUUAUCAUAAAUGUAGUAAAUAUGUUUUAAGUUUUAGUUUAGAUUUUCUUUUACUCGUGCACUGCAUGCCACAAUAGUUUAUCAUGAGUGUGAGAAUUUUAUUUUUUAUCUUCUGCUGUCUGAUUUCUGUAAAUUUUGUUAUCAUUUUAGUAUCGCAUGAAAAGCUUGGUACACGAUCAUGAUGUUUUGGUAAUCACUGUAAGAGCUGAAAAGUUAAAUAAGGCUGAUAAUAACAAGUCUAGCAGUAGCCAAAACCUCUUUUUCAGUUAUCCAAACUGGUCGUUUCCUUGAUCCUCAAUCAUGAGGCCAAAACACAUUUAUGCAACAAGGCUAGUUCCACCUUUUAUCAAAUUACUAUAUGCAAAACCAUAACCAUUAUUAGACUAAUCAAUUCGAAUCUAAAGACCCUAGUCUCUCUGUAUGCGAAUUUGGUUGGUGCUUCAUGUGUUUUAUUUCAGUUUUAAAAAUUGUGCAUUGUGACAAUCUUUUGUAAUACUGUUCAAUACAAAAAUUCUGCAUGAAAA